GGAAAAGAGAAUCUCUGUCAGUAAACAUGGCAUCAUCGUCAUACUUCAUUGUUCUCGUAAUUGCCAGUGUUAUGCUUCUCAGCCAGGUUUCUGGGUUCUAUCUUGAAGACGAAAAGCGGCCUGAAGGCUUCCGCGAACAAAAACCAACACGUCUUCCAUCAGGUUGUAUCAACCGUUUUAGUGACUACAUCUGCGGAGAGGUCAUACGGAAAGAACAUUGUGUAUUGUAUGGAAAAAAGCGAAUGAACAAAUUUGCCGAAAGGUACUGCACAAAGUUUUGCGGAUUCUGUUGACCAGCUUAAAGGCAUAUAAUAAUGAUCAAGUAUCACCAAGCAGCAAGUAAAACAACACACGAGCCAAAUACAAAUACACAGACAAGGAAUGUAAUGAAAAUUGACAAUCCGUUUUACUAGAUAAACGAGUUUUAUGAAGCAAAAGUAUCACCAAUAAAGUUAAAAUUGAAGUUAAAGA